AUGUAGCUAGCUAGCUUUUAUACAAUAGAAGAAAGAGAAGCAGAAACUAGCUAUCAUGGCUGCUUCCGUGGUUAGGUGGUUGAGGGGAUUGUACGUUUUCUUUUUGACAUGUCAGCUAUCCGUCUUGGCUUUCUUGAAUCUAGAGGAAUUAAACGAGGUGAAAUAUGGGAUCCAGAUUCUUCCAGAUCCUGUCAUUAUGGGGCAGGCUAAGACAGAAGAAGUCAUGCUGGUGUCCAGCAAAUACAAGCAGAUGUAUGAAUGUCGCCUUCCAGCCCAGGCAGUGAGGUUUCACCAGGACCGAGCCUCUGAGCCUGACUCCCAAGGCUACACCGGACCAAGCAUCCCAGACCUGCUCAAGCCCAUGCACACUGCCCCCUGCCUAGUGAAGACAAAAGACUGGUGGACAUAUGAGUUCUGCUAUGGACAACACAUUAGACAGUACCACCUUGAGGACACAGACAUCAAAGGGGAUGUUCUCUUCCUGGGGUACUAUGAUUCAGAGUUUGACUGGAACAAUGAAACAGCCAAGGCCUCCAAGCAACACAGACUGAAGCGCUACCACAGUCAGAGCUAUGUCAAUGGCUCCAAGUGUGACCUGAACGGGAACGCCAGGGAGACUGAAGUCAGGUUUGUGUGUGAGGAGGGCUCGGGGGACUACGUGGCCCGUGUGGAUGAGCCCCAGUCGUGCCGCUACGUGCUGACGGUCCACACCACCCGCACCUGCCAGCACCCCUUCCUGCGCCCGCCCUACACCGCCAAGCCCCAGGGCAUUGUGUGCCAGCCAGCCCUCAGCACCCAGCAGUACAUGGACUAUGUCAAGGCCCAAGUCUCGGAUACGAAACGUAAAGUGGAGCAGAUCUCAGAGGAGCUGAAGACUCUUGAUGAGAUGUUGGCUGGUGACGAGGGGACAGACGAGGACUCAGCGACGCCAACUGAUGACCCAGAUGUCCUGGGGUCAGACACAAAAGAUGCAGUUCUGACCUCUGAAGAGCCCGAAGAUUCUGAUUUCUGGGAGGGAGUGACAAAGCCAGGGAGUACCACAGCAACUGACACCACUUCAGAGCAUCAGGCUGGAGAGGAUGCCUAUGAUAAUCAGCUCACAGACAAUGAGGUCACAGAGGAUGCUUUUGGAGAUGAACAAUUUAACUUCAAGAUCAUCACUGACCCUGCAGACCUGAUGAAAUUUGUGCAGCAUCUCAAAGAGAGCAACAGAAAGAAAGCAGAAAAUGAAGCAAAACAAGAACGAGAGGAACUCCAAAAUGAGAAGGAAAAGGAGAGGGAUGAGGAGGGGGAUGAAGAAGAGCAUCUCUUGCUGCAGGAGUUUGAGGAGGAGAUAGCUGACAUCUCAGUGCCUUCUGCCAACAUUGAGGAAAUGAAAGGGGAAAUGCAAAAGGAGUUUGACAACAUCAUAGACGAGGCUCAGCAAGAACUGGAGACCGAGGGUCUGAAGGGGGAGUUUGACCGCACUCAGGCAACCCAGACCCUGGAGGCUACUCUGGACAAGCUGCUGGACCGCCUGGAGGACAAAGAGGCCAGGGACACAGAGGCAGAGCCCCAGACAGAGGGAGGCCAGAGGGCCAAUGACCCAGCCAGGGGCAGUCCCAGCCUGGCCCCUCGACAGCCAGACCAAGCGGCUGACGACCUUGUUAAGAUCAGAGUUACUAAGUAUAAGACAGGCAGCAGUCCCGAUGGGGAGGUCAAAGUUCAGGAGAUGGGCGAAGGUGACCCCCAGUGGCAGCACAUUAAGGACGUGGUUAAAGAACAGCUAGAGAAGGCGGGACUGAAGGCCGAAGGUAAAAUUGAGGUGAAGAUUAUAACACGAAGGACAGCUGAGGAGGCUGGGGACCAGUGGUUGACUGAAGAAGAUACCAAGUCCUUCAGAGAGCUGCUCAUCAACCUACUGACAGGGGGAACAGAAGAGGUUUACAAGGAGCAAAAGAGACAGCAGGAGUUGGAAAACAACUACAGAUUUGUAUGGGGAGAGAGACAGGAAGAGGCCCAGUCCACCAGCACUGCACCGGACUCGGACGAUGUGGAGUUAUGAGCUCUGGGGAGACGUUUCCUCGCAUCGUGGGAACCAAGCACCUGUGGAGACAAGGAGUGUCCCUCUCCCCUGUCAGAGCUCUGAACUCACUGUCAAGUCUCAGCCUCCCCUGGGGCCCCACUGGUAAAACCAGUGUCCACAGACACACCUGUUUCCACACUCAGAAAUGUGUUGUGUCCGUAUCAGGCACUUAUGUACCUUGCACAAACAAAUCCAAUUGUCUCAGCUGUGGUAGUGUAAUAGUGUCAGUUUUUUUUUCUCUCUAGUGAGAGGCCAAUGUGAUGGCUGAAAAAGCAUUAUUUCAAUGUUGAUUGCUAUCAGUUGGAAUCAGAGGAGGGUGAAAAACACCAUGGACUGGACAAUUUGCACAUGUGAAAAUGUCUCUUUCUUGGACUGUAUAUGAUGUUGAACUUUUCUAUUUCUACAGAACUAUGAUACCCUCUCCUGUAUCCACAUAGCAGUGCUUAUAAUUACUCCUCUGUAUUUGUUUGCUGCUCUACACUGAUUAAAUCACCUCAAUGAGUGAUGCACUGGGGGAAUUGACCUGGUAUUUACACUUGGCUUCACAACUGGAUGAAUACAAUAUGUUUGCAAAAGGA